AUGGUUGGAAAAAAUAUUAUGAGGAAAAUCAUAUAUAACUCGGAAAUAGAACAACCAAAUUUAAAUUCAAAACUAGUGUGUGAUGAUGCAAUAGAUAAAUUACUUGCUUGGCCCUCGCUAGAUUCUAAAUACACAGAAAAUGAAAUUAUGAAACAUAUUUUGGAAAAUGAUAACAUAGAAAUAAGGAAAAAUCGUAAUUUAGUUGAUUACUUAGAAGUUUUGUUUAAACCAAAAAUGUAUAAAAAGUAUUUAUUAAUAACUCAAAGUAACUGCAUAUUUGUUAAUCAACAAGAAUUUGAUAAAUUGUUUGAUUCACUUUUAAUAAACAUGCCAGUAAAAUUAAAAGUUAAUAAAGCUGAAAAAAAAGGAAGUGAUAUAAAAGCUAUGAUCAAUAAGAUGUAUGUCAUUAAUCCAACAAUAAUUGAAAAUAAAGAUUUAGCAAUGGAAGAAGAUAUUUAUGAAAAAAAUCUAGCUCAACUGUUGAAAGAACCCACUAUUAAAAAAGAAGAACAUUAUUCAUUACAAAAUAUUAAAAUAAUAGAUUUUCUAAUUAAAUGUGUAAAUCCUUUAUUGAUAAAUGGAAUAAUGGAAAUUAUGAAAAAUACACCUGAGGAUCCUAUUGAUUUUUUGGUAGAAUAUAUUUAUAACCAUAAUAUGUACAGUCCAUGUGUUUCUUCACCACCAUUGAAUAAAAAACCAAAAGUAGCUAACAGCCUCAACAAACACCUGUUGUGA